AAAUGCUUGUAAGUUGAUUGACAAGUGUCGUUAUCUCUCCCCCUGCAGUCGCCCGCAGCUCAGCUUCUGUUUCUCAUUGGGAUCGAAAGUGUUGAGCGCCGCAGAGUCUCAGAGGAGCCGCAGACUCACCCGCUCAGGGACGUUCAGGGAAAACCGGUCAGCGGUUUAUGUGAUGUUUUGAAGCUCUCAGACGCUUUGAGCUGCUCGAGUCUUUGGAAAACGGGAAUUUAACAGGAUUAUAUUCUAUACGGUUUAUUAAACAAUAUCUGCUGGACUUGGUUCAAGAGGAUGGAAAUGCUGAAAAUUGUACCAAGCCUGCUUGUCCUUUAUACUGCUUUUGGCCACUUCUCCGAAUCGUCGGAAUUUAAAGUGAUUAAUGUAUUGGAGCUCCAUGAUGCACGUCAGACAGCUGCAGCUAUAGAGAAUCUGUCUGGAGCUCUGCAGACGGUCAGAGAUCUGUACAUCACCUCCACCUUCAUGCUGCCACCCAAACUCGGCGGCGUUUUGUUCGGUGUCUAUGAUAAGGAGGACAACAAGAAAUACCUGGAGGUUGCUGCUGUAGGCAAGAUCAACAAAUUACUGGUGCGAUACUUGCUCUCUGAUGGAAAAGUUAAUGCUGUCAAUUUACAAAACCCAGUCCUCGCUGAGGGAGGCACCCAAUCACUUAUACUCAGAAUGAGUGGACUUAGAAGCAGUCAAAUAAACCUAGAGCUUUAUGUAAACUGCCGUUUGGUGGACUCUGCUCAGGGCCUCCCUUCAUUUGUCGGACUUCCAUCAAAGACAGAAUCUGUGGAUGUUCGCACCGGACAGAAGUCUUAUGCCAGGAUACAGGGCUCAGUAGAGUCUGUUAAACUGGCUCUCGGAGGCUCUCUAGCAACAGCUGGUCUCCUCAUUGACUGUCCAUUCCAAGGAGAUGCAGCUAUCAACAAUGCAGUAGGCAGUGACAUUAACGCCAUCCUGGGUGAUCACACCAAAGCUCUGAUCGGACAGCUGAUCAUCUUUAACCAGAUCAUGGGAGCGCUGAGAGAGGAUAUCAGAGAACAGACUAAAGAGAUGUCUCUCAUCAGAAACACCAUUCUUGAAUGUCAAGUGUGUGGAUUCCAUGAGCCUCAGUCCCGAUGUCAUCACCCCUGCUAUAAUGGCGUGAGCUGCAUGGAGAGCAUGAUGUUCCCAGGAUAUCAGUGUGGCCCCUGUCCAGAUGGCAUGACUGGAAAUGGAACACACUGCCAGGACAUUGACGAGGGAUCGUUCAAGUGUGGCCAGUGUAAAGCAGGAUUUGUGGGUCAUCAGACUGCAGGCUGUUGUGUACGGAGGACGUGUGAAACUCUGGGCUAUAAGCCCUGUGAUGUGAAUGCACACUGUGUGAUGGGCCACAACAGUGACAUUUCCUGUGUGUGUAACAUCGGCUGGGCAGGUAGUGGGAACAUCUGUGGUCCAGACUCAGACAUUGAUGGUUACCCUGAUGGGCCUCUUCCAUGCAUUGACAACGACAAACACUGCAAAGCGGACAACUGUGCAAAUACCCCAAACUCUGGUCAAGAGGACACAGAUGGAGAUGGGAUUGGUGAUCAGUGUGACGAGGAUGCAGAUGGAGAUGGAAUUAAAAAUGUUGAGGACAACUGUCGUCUAGUACCUAAUAAGGACCAGCAGAACUCUGACACAGACUCCUAUGGCGAUGCUUGUGAUAACUGCCCAAACGUUCCCAAUGGAGAUCAGCUUGAUACUGAUGGCAAUGGCAAGGGAGACAUAUGUGACAAUGAUAUUGAUGGAGAUGGCAUCCCUAACGUGUUGGAUAACUGUCCUAACAUACCCAACCCCAUGCAGACAGACCGAGAUGGAGAUGGUGUGGGCGACGCAUGUGACAGCUGUCCUGAGGUCAACGAUCCAUUGCAGUCAGAUAUGGACAACGAUUUGGUGGGAGAUGUAUGUGAUACAAACAAGGACAUGGAUGGUGAUGGAUAUCAGGACACGCGGGAUAACUGCCCUGAAGUGCCCAACAGUUCUCAGCUGGACUCAGAUAAUGAUGGCAUCGGGGACGAGUGUGAUAAUGAUGAUGAUAAUGAUGGAAUUCCAGAUAUCCUUCCUCCCGGCCCAGAUAACUGCAGACUUGUUCUCAACCCCAGUCAAAAAGAUACUGAUGCCAAUGGAGUUGGUGACAUGUGUGAGACAGACUUUGACAAUGAUAAGGUGACUGACUUGUUGGAUGCGUGCCCUGAAAGUGCAGAGGUCACUAUGACAGAUUUCAGGGCGUUCCAGACAGUCAUUCUCGACCCAGAAGGAGAUGUUCAGAUCGACCCCAAUUGGGUGGUACUAAAUAAGGGAACAGAGAUUGUGCAGACCAUGAACAGCGACCCUGGUUUGGCUGUGGGCUACACAGCAUUUAAUGGUGUUGAUUUUGAGGGUACAAUCCAUGUGAACACGGACACUGAUGACGAUUACGUGGGCUUCAUCUUUGGCUAUCAGGACUCUUCCAGCUUCUAUGUGGUGAUGUGGAAACAGACAGAACAGACAUACUGGCAGAAUUUACCUUUCAAAGCCUCAGCUCAGCCUGGACUACAGCUUAAGGCAGUGAAGUCUCGUACAGGUCCUGGUGAGUAUCUGCGUAAUGCCCUUUGGCACACAGGAGACACACCAGGUGAAGUUACUUUGCUCUGGAAGGACCCAAGAAAUGUGGGCUGGAAGGACAGAACAUCCUAUCGCUGGCACCUCACUCACCGUCCACAGGUGGGCUACAUACGAUUAAGAUUGUAUGAAGGUAAAGCACUGGUGGCAGAUUCAGGAGUCCUGAUAGACACAACUAUGAGAGGAGGGCGGCUGGGCGUCUUCUGCUUCUCUCAGGAGAACGUCAUAUGGUCUAAUCUUGGCUAUAGAUGCGAUGAUUCCAUCCCAGAUGACUUUAUUCUGUACCAGAAGCAGAUGAAUGUGAGGACAUAGUUUCUUGAGAUGUGGAGAUGCUUAUGUCUACAUGUAUGCUUGUGUAUAUGUGUGUUUGGAGUGGUAGGAAGAGAUGAUGAUUGAAAUUAGUUUUUUUUUUUUUUUUAUCUUGUGAAAUUCUAAAUCAAAAUUAUAAACUACAGUGCACAAGUUUGCAUUGUGCACCAACAUGAGUAUUAUGGUGUGGUAUAGGAAAAUUUUUACUCAACAAACCCUUAAAUACAAAGCUAAUGGAAUAAAUGUUCUAAAGAUUUAAAAGCAAAUAAGCGAUUAAUAAGGUUGUAAAAUAAUGCAGGCAAUAAAAAUGACUAAACAAGUUGACGGUGAAUUUGACAGCUUGCAAACAUUGUUAAUAAAAAUGUGUUCACAGACGUUUGUCCAUGAAAAAUAUGCAGAGUUGUGUUUCAUUGUAAACCCCCAUAAUGUCCUGAUUCGGUGAUUCAGCAUGGUUUUCCCGUCCUGUUCCUUACAAAGCCUUUUUCAUUCAAAGAGACUGAUUGUGAAGUUUUGUUCAUUUCAGUACCAUGGACAGGGCUCUACAUAUUUGCCAUGCAGUGUGCUGCAAGAGCUUACUGAAGGAAAUAAAUAAGGCCGUUUACAAAAAUGCUUUAGCAAAGACAUAAACCAUUUGGUGAUUAGAAAUGGUGUGGGAUUAGGAGCCGCAGCAAUAUAAGCA